AUGGAGUCUAUGCAACCUCUUAUUCUAAGUCCACGAUGGCGUCCAAUAUCAUCGGCCCAUCAAUAUCUCGCUUACGCGUCGUCCUCAAAACAUGCAGUCAAAGCUGAAGAGUCUAACCUACUGAAAUCUAUCCGUGCCACGUUGGCGGGAAGUCGAGGCGACUCUGAUGCUACCGUACAUUCCACCUUGUAUUCGGCAACCGAAGAUGCUCCAGGAGACGAGGAGCUCAGCUGGGAUGCCCACACCGUCGUUCUCAGUUCCGGUGGAAUAAUACGUCAAAGGUUCAAUUUUGAAGACGAGGGUGAACCUGUUCAGUGGGCCUGUAUUGGCUACUUUGAACAACCAAGUGCAGUCACAUCGGCAUCUUCCAUGCGCCCCGCCCACUACACGUACUGCAAUCCCGAGAUGUCGACGCCUGUGUCGGACUCCUCGCAAAGAGCGACUUUUGGUCCCUUUGCCCGCGCCCAGCAGGAGCAGAAACGCGAGCAUGAGCCUGGGUCUUACGCACGAGCUUUGUUCGUUUUCCUGCGCAGCAUUGGCAAGAUAUUUUUAUUCGGUGACAUGGAUUACACGUUCAAUCUGCCAUUUAUUGUGCGUAGAGCGUGGCCAUUACACCCUUACGGAGUGAUGAUUCAACGGGUUGUAGACGCGGUGGAAGUGGCGGAGGCGAAGACCUCACAGGAAUCUCUUCUACCGACUAUCUUCACCCUCGUUCAUCCCUUCGCCGAGCCACUUGCGGUAUGUUCUGCUGAGAAGAUUAUAGGAGGUUUUCACCAGGUUCCUGCGUCGCUUAAGGAUGACGACUCUCACAAGUCCAUGAACUUCGUGGACGCGGAGGAGCACAUCGUCUGGCUGUCACAACGAGGGUUCGACUUGUCGGAUCAAGUCAUGGUUACUAUUAAUGCAACAACAAGCCAGGUCUCGCUUUGGAGAUAUGCCUUGAUCAAACCACAGGAUGCUGCCGCUUCUCACGAACGACCACGACCACGCACGAAGGCCAAUAAACGAGCUUCUAUGACCGGGGGGACUCCCGUUCAUCGUAGACACGUCAGCAUUGCCAUGGGCGAAGCGCCUGCUCAUGCAAACGGGCUCUCUGCUCAAGGAAUCUAUAUGUUGUCAUUGAGUGCUUUACCUGGAAUGCCGCCAUCGCUGUCUGCAGCGGCCACUAUGGCUGCUCUAGUGAAUGGGACGUCAUCUGAGCCUCAGCGCCCUGGAAAACGACAGCACUCUAUCAGUAAACUCGACUUGAGCGUAACGAUGGACCAGAUGGUCUCGAAUGCCCGUGUGCAUGCCGAAGUCCCUCCACAGCCUGUUGAUACGGCGAAGAUGACUCCUGCAUAUUGGAUGGAGAAGCUAUACACCCAAGAGAUCUCAGCAUCAGAUGCAGCGUCUUUGGGAGACAUCUCUGCCGCACAAUUUGACCAGCGCUGGGAUGGCUCUGUCAAUCGCUCGCUACUGAGUGUAUGUCUACCCAGAACGGACACUUUACUGAUAUUCUGCGUCACGAAACAUGGUGACCACACUCUGACUGCGUCACCUCACACCCGUCUCUCUGCGUGUUCUGUGGCCGCAAUUCGGGCCACUCGUGACACCGUCCGCGACUUGUUGGUGUUACGACGGGACGGUGGUCUAGCCGUCCUCACGCAUGGUUUGUACGAGGUGCCUCUGCAAUUCACACUCCCCGAACGAGAUGGAGGUAUGGAUAUGGACAUCGACCCACCACCCAAUUCCAAUUUCAAGCCACAAGUUCCUUCCGAUGGUGGCGUCAUUGCCAUCGAGGAUGCUCUCGAUUCUUCCAUCACCGUCGUAUUUUCAAACAGCUCUCGCUUUCGCGUUACAAUCAACUUGAUGCCGCAUGAUGCUACGGCUCGUCAAUGUCUACUCAUGUUGGCAAUGAUACUUCCCGCAGAUACAUCAUUUGCUCUCCACAGUCGGUUCCUGUCGAAGUGGUCACAACAGAACUUUUCCAUUGUUGAGGACGUAGAGUUUGGGGCCUUCACUGCGGCACUCUAUGAAGUUUUACAACUGGAGCGACCAGACCCAGUCCCGCGUCCUUCAAUAGACCCUAAUAUUAGUCGCCCCUGGCCAGCUCUUGCUGGCAGUACAUCAUAUUCUCGCUUUGGUGAAGAUCCUGCAUUACAGAGUUUGCAGCUACCUCCGCCUUCUCUCCGUACAGCUUAUGUCUGCAAGCAACCUGAUAAGCCAACACACCCUCUUCUCGCCCCUGUUCUGAACGCUUUGCAUUAUGUUGCCGAGGAUAUGCGAUGUUUGGUAUACAAGCAUCCUGCAUUACUCAAGCUGGUCCCAGUCAUCUGUCGGAUUGCUAUGGUGGUUCGUCCCGAGUGGGCGGAUUUCUGGAAGCGCUUAUGCCCAGAAGCUAUCGAUGUAUGGCCUUCACCAGCAACCACAGUCAUUGCCCAUCUAGACGAGCGACUCCCUCUCUGGCCUCCUGAUAUGUCGGCAAUUCUGUAUGGUCGCAUUAAUAACCCGGAGUGGAGCAUUCCUUGGCCAGAAAGUCAAGAAUUUGGUGCACAAUUUAAGAUCAAUGCAUCAUUCGCCUACGGUCGCACGGAGCCUCUCGCGCGCAUUCACAAGCUCACGGCCGUGUACAUGUGCCUUGCGGAUAGCAAAGUCGCUGAGAGCAGGAAACGCGCGGAGAAUGCUCUGCGUAUGCUGGUGAAGUCACAGAUUGGGCUUGAUGUCCUACGUUACUUGCCUAUUGGGAUUGCUGCGCCACUCAGAGAGGCCGCACGGACGUGCCAGCUAGCUCCUUCAGGAGAUUGGUCUGUUUCUGCUUACCAGUUGAUCGGACGCAACGAUCUGGCAGAGGGCUUGAGCUCCUCGCCUGAUACGCUUACUAGCUAUGGGUAUCGUUCAGCAAAGGAUCACACCAUCUUCUCAGCCCCGCGCAAAACGAUCCGGGAGCAAAUAGAGGAAUCGUGCAAGACUGCAGGUGAACUCGGCGUUGUGUCCGGCGUCGAAUUGGACCUUAAGGAUUUCACGCACAUUCGGUUCGGACAAGACAGAAGGUUGGAGGAGGUUGCGCGUAUGCUUUGUUCAUCUAGCAUUCCGACAAUCAAGGCCAUAGAUCACCCAGAACUAAGUGAACACGAUCAAGCCAAGGAAAAUCAGCAUCAGGUCGUCCGAAUGGCCGAAAGAACGCUGGCACUCCCUCUAGGUCGAGCCUUGUUCACUUUCGGCUCUGUUCCAACCGUGACGCGCGAGGCAUAUGCGAUUCCGAAGCUCGAGUUUACUGUUCGACUUCAACCCCACAGUAUGCUGAUAACUCCAGAGCUUGGGAAGGUCCCGCCCGAAUGCCUGAGCUGGGGAGAGUUCCACAAUGGCGUUGCAGCCGGCUUGCGGAUAUCUUCGCAGUCAAAUGCUGUCGAGAGCACCUGGAUCAAGUUCAACAGACCCUCUGACCUGACACCCGAGCACGCCGGCUUCUUGUUCGCACUUGGAUUGACAGGCCACCUCAGAGAAAUGUUGACAUGGCACACCUUCGGAUAUCUCACACCGAAACAUGACAUGACUUCGAUUGGCGUCCUUCUUGGUCUUUCUGCUGCGAAUGCUGGUAGCAGCAACCCCCAUGUCACGAAACUCCUUGCUGUGCACACCCCAGCCUUACUUCCCACUCCAACUGUUGACUUGAAUGUGCCGCUCAUCACUCAGGCUGCAGGCUUGACGGGCAUCGGGCUGCUCUACAUGGGGACGAAGAAUAGGCGUAUGGCAGAAGUGUGUCUGGGCGAGAUCAGUCGCAAGGACCUCUAUCAGCCUGAUCUCAGCAACGAGUACCGGGAGGCCUACACAUUGUCGGCUGCCCUUGCUUGUGGAAUGGUGAUGCUUGGUAAAGGGUCCUCCAUCCCAGCCGACCUGAACCUUCUAUCACGUUUGCGCGUCCUUAUACACGGAGAGGGGCACACAAUGGUGGACGGCAAGUCACAGCGGCCGUCCUUUGACAUCAAUUUAACGUCACCUACUGCUACGAUUGCGCUCGGCUUGAUGUACUUGAGGACGGAACGGCAAGACGUCGCUGACAUCCUCACGAUUCCUGAUACGCUUCUGGCUUUAGACAGCGUGCAACCAAGCUUCUUGUUACUGCGUACGUUGGGCAGGGCGCUGAUAAUGUGGGACAGGAUUGCCCCCAACCAGGUUUGGUUAUCGGCACAGAUUCCACCCAACAUCGGCAUGGCGAUGAACGGGCGGUUCCAAGGCAAGCCGGUGGAUGACGCGUACGAGUUGGCGUAUUACAACAUCCUUGCUGGCGGCUGCUUUGCCAUAGCGCUCAAGUUUGCGGGUACCGCGCGAGAGGAGGCGUACUUGCUCAUCAUCCAUUACUACGACAUGUUCAGCCAGCUGACGUACACCAACAGUCCUGCUUUUGAUCACAGAAUCAAGCGUUCAGCUAUUCGCGACGGCCUAAAUCUGAUCUCGAUAUCGCUCAACAUGGUCAUGGCCGGAACAGGCGAAAUUAACUGUUUGCGCAGGCUGAGAUAUGCGUAUGGCAUGUACAACCAUCCCAUCAGAUAUGGCACGUACGUUACUACUCACAUGUCCUUAGGCCUACUCUUCCUCGGUGGCGGGCGCUUUACCCUGGGCACUUCUGAUGCUGCAAUUGCAUGCAUGAUUGCAGCUUUCUUCCCCCGAUAUGCGGCAAUCUCUUCCGACAACAAAAGUUAUCUCCAAGCCCUGCGUCAUCUGUGGGUGCUGGCAGUAGAACCUAGGUGUCUCAUAGCGCGGGACGUAGAUACAAAGGAGGUGGUGUACCUGCCCGUCAAGAUCAAGGUCAAAGAGGGCAAGGAUGUUGGGACCACACAGCUGAUCUCCCCGACGCUGAUUCCUGAUCUCGACAAGUUGCUUUCGAUCCGAGUAGAUACUCCGCGGUACUGGCCCUUCUACUUGGACAUCGCGAACUACCCUCGUCACAAGGACUCACUCCUUCGAAGCCAGACGCUCUUUGUCAAACGGCGAACCGCGUUCUUGAGCUAUAUGGAGGAUCCAAAGGGCAGCCGGAGCCUUUUUGUGCGAUCCGGGUCGUCCACCGGGGACGCUGCCACUCUCGACUUCCCACAGCUGACAGAACUCAAAACCCAUCCAGCUAGUGACCUUCACCAGUUUAUAUCCUCGUUUUCAAAUGAUGCACUCUUCCUCGCUUUUGCUGACCGCUUCUGCCGUGACGACGGGGAAACUACGCAGGAGCGCCUACUGCAUUCUUACUGUCACGCAAGUCUCCUUGAUAGUAUCCUGCAGGACAAGGCGCAGACGAUCCAGUCGCACCUGACACUCUUCCGCUACCGGACCAUGUCGCUGAAGUCACGGUACUUCAGCCUCCGGGCACAAGACCUGCGCUUUGCAACGGACUUCUACAACAAAGUAUAUGACAGGCGGUUCGGCGGCCGCGCGGAGAACAAUCCCCGUCCACCUCUCAUCCGCGAGAACACGCUGUCGGGUGCGUCCCAUGCGUUGGACCUCCAGCUUGACCACAUUCGCGACACAGCGGUGUUCAAGCGGAUAUUGGGGCAUUACGCCCGUGGCGAGGCCAUACCCGCCUUCUCAGUUGGCUCUGCAGAGCACGCAGCUGCUGCGUACCUUUCCUGGUACCUGCAGCGCAACAAUGUUCCGGUGUCGACGUUCCUGCACAUGCUCAAGCGGCUUGCGAAUGACGCGCACGUGCAAUGUCUGCGGAUGCCACCGCCGCAGGGCACGACGGAUGCUAUGUUACUGGAUAAGGGCAUCAAGGAGAUCCUCCAUGCGACUGGCACCCAGAUGUCAACUACGAUGGGGUCGGGUUGGGCGAUACGGUCGCUGGACGAGGUUAUUGCAGCUUGGAACUUUGCGUCAUCAUGA